UUCAUGGACCGAAAAUGGCAGCUUUUAGGACUUGGUUUUGUUUUAGGAAUCACUGCACUUUGUGCAUCCUUUGUGGGUGGAAUGUAUUUUCAGCACAGUGAUGCCAGAAAACGUUUGCAGAAGAUAAUACAAAAGGAUCCUUAUGCCUACUAUGUCAGCCCCAAAAUUUAUGAAGUGUUUACUUUCUUUGAGACCCACGAUGAGGCCGAUCACCGGAUGAGACAAAUCAUGAAGUACGGGUUUCCAGGUCUUGAUGAUUUACGGCUUUAUAGUGACUUUGUGCUCUCCUACGAUCGCCGAAAUCGCGUUGCCCACUGGGUGUGUGAACAUCUCCAGGUCGACAGCAUCCAUUCCCAUCGAGGAAGACGUGGUCGCAACCCCUACCAACCAGAUAUGAGUGUUCCAUCCAACUUUCGUUCCGAAUUGACCGACUAUCGAAGAUCAGGUUUUGAUCGAGGACACUUGGCUGCCGCGGGGAAUCAUCAUUUACAGCGGAAUCACUGCCAGGAUACUUUCUUUCUAACGAAUAUUGCCCCACAAAUUGGUCAGGGUUUCAAUCGAGGGGCUUGGAACAAUUUGGAAAGAUAUGUUCGAAACCUAGUCCAUCGAUUUGGUUCCGUUUUUGUUUGCACAGGACCACUUUAUAAGCCCAAGCAAAGAUCGGGAGGUAAAUUGGGAGUGGAGUAUGAAAUGAUAGGAUUGAAUAUGGUGGCAGUUCCCACGCACUUCUUCAAGGUUAUAAUGGUGGAAUCAGAACUUCAUCUAGGUAAACCUUAUAUGGAGGGUUAUGUCCUACCCAAUGCUCCUAUACCAGAUGGUCUGCCACUUCGAUCUUUUCUCUGCGACAUUCGGGAGAUCGAGCACUAUGCGGGUCUUAAGUUCUUCGAUGGAUUGAGGAGAAGUGCUCUAUUCGGCAGUAAUUAUCCUAGUGAAUCGCAGGUUUUUCGGGAGUUCGGCUAGAAGUUGUAAAUAUAAUUCCUGAAAAUCGCAAGUAGGCUUUAAUAUAAGAACUGACAUGUCUACAAAGUUAUAUUCAUUAAAUAGUAUCUUACAAGAGUAAACCAAAUUAUUGUAAGCCCAAAUUAUGUCCAUGAACGAAUC